AUGCUUUAAAUGUCUUGUACCCGAAAAAAAUAAAAGUAACGAGUUAUGCGGUAAAGAAAUUACAUGUGCCGCAAAAGCUCGCAUUAGCAACCUUAUAUGACACUUAUCUAGAAAACACGCGGAGCUCCUCAUAACGUUAGAAAAAGAAAAGUUAGAGAAAAUAUUAGAAGAAAAGAAUAAGAACCAAAAAAAUAUAGUCAUCAGAGGCAGUAGUUCACAGCAAUCCAUGUUAAAGUGUUUUGUACCGCAGCAAAUUAAUUUACAUAUAGCAAAAGAUGAAUUUUUAGAAGCCUUAAACAAGCUGGUUUUGGUUGAAGGACUUUCAUUCCAGGCGUUUGAUCGAGAACCUAUUCAAAAGCUUUGCGGAAAAGUUGCAUCUCAUUAUGGAUUUAAAAUGAAUAGAGAUAACAUGAGAAUUCAAAUUAGCGAUCUUGCCAAAAAGCAUCGCGAACAAAUCAAAAAUAAAAUAUCGAAAAUGUUAAUUUAUUUAAAAGUCGAUUCUACAUCAAGGCAUAUGCGCCACUACCUUGGUAUAAAUGCGCAAUACUCGAACAAUGAUGAAAUUGUUGUGAUCAAUCUUGGCACCAUAAAUACGAAGGGAAAACAAACGGCGGAAUACACUAAAAAAAUUAUUGAAAAGUGUUUAGAUAAGUUUGGAAUCAAUAAAACUAAUAUUUUAGGCCUCAGUGUUGACAACGCGGCAGUAAGUAUCAUAUUUUGAAAUUCAUCUAUAUUUUUUUUAAAUGAAGAAAAAGUGUAAAUUCAAUGAUU